AUGGGUUUAUUCAGCUCAAAAUUGUGUUCACCUUACGAUGAUGUAGCAGCAAGAGUGUUAAUUCUUGGUCUCGAUUCGGCAGGAAAAUCAACAUUACUCUAUCGUUUAAGUAAUUUGACUGAGCUACAGUUUAGUUCCGGUGCGAAUUUUAUUUAUCAUAUUCCUAGUCAACCCACAGUGGUUUAUCAAGUUGAAACUAUUUAUCCGAGACUGUCACCAAUUCCCUUGAAUUUAUGGGAUCUUGGUGGACAAGAAAAAGUUCGAGCAUGCCAAUUUACCGAUCAUAGUCGAAUUCAUGAAGUGCAACAGGAAUUAUUGAGAGUAAUGGAUUUAAUUGAUGAUAAAACAACACCGAUUGUAAUCGCUGCGAAUAAGCAAGAUCUUGAACAUGCUUUAGAUGUUCAAGAACUUAAAUUAGCUCUUUGUUUGCCAGAAUUAAAAGUCAACGUAGAGUGGCCAAUUUGUCCGACUAGUGCUUUUACCGGGGAAGGUGUGAUGGAUGCUUUUUGUUUAUUGGCACAAUUAAUUCAUCGACGUCGAUGGCAACAACAAUAA